AUGAACAUGCAGGUGGCGUUCUUUGUUGUGAUGGGCGGUUUCGUUGCAGAUGAAGCGAUCCCUCCAACUGGCGUUAAAUGGAUGGAGAAGAGAGACGCCGAGCUAGCAGAACUCUGGAAACUAAGGGGAAAGGUCAAACGCUCUUUAAGAUUUUUGACGAAGGCAGAUCCCAAUCCUACCCCACAGGCACCUCGCCCAUUUAGAGCUAUUGUAACGCCAACGGGAUUCAUCAAGUACAUGGAAAAGGGACUCAUUCAUGAGGGUAGUUUUGACAAGGCUGCUAUCACUGAUAAAGGGAAAGCAAGCACCAUCGGAAAGCUCUUGGCUGGCGGCCAGGCCCUCUGGUUAGUGGUGGCUUCGAUUUCACGUUGGAGGGCGGAAUUGCCUCUCACCCUCCUGGAAAUACAUGUCUUGAUUCAUGUUGUACGAACCCUAUUGAUCUACGCCUUCUGGUGGAACAAACCUUUAGACGCCCGUGAACCGAUCAGAAUUCGACUUGGGAAAGAUGACAACGGGGGAAGGUUAUCUGGCAACAGACCACCGAAUGUGACUCUUCCUUCAGCUACUUCCUCUACAACUGAUCAUGGCCAUAACCCGACCAAGAUCGACCAUGGCCAGACGUCAACAGUAAUAGUUGUCUCCAAAAUCUCGUCUAUCCCCGCUGUCCCCGAGCGGAACGAGAGCUCGGCCGAGAUCGGCCAAGCACAUUCAAGGGAUACAGAACAUUAUGCCUUGUAUCCGAAGGAUCUAGACGAGUUCGCAUUGGAACCUCUUCAAGGGAACCAAGGGGUGCUAGUAGAUGGCAACAAAACGAAAACCCUACUAUAG